AAAUAAAUACAUAUAAUGUGAAGGAUAUAAUAAUAGAGAGGAAUGAAGAUAUUGUCUGCUUUGCUUGUGUUACUGAAGUGUACAAUGAAUGUCAAUUAAUAGCAUCAUCAACAACAACAACACUGAUACCACAAUCAAUACAAACUAAUGGAACAUGUUAUUCAUUUACUGAUAAUGGAACAUACACUGUAUAUGCACAUGAUAUUGAGAAUGGAAUAAAGAUACUGACACCAGCAAUAGUUAUAGAAUACACAGUUGACUGGAUUAAACCACCAGACACAGAGAACACAUUAUCAAGUACAAAAGAGUUCAUAUUAUACCAAACAAGCAGUGAUGAAUUAAUACUUUCAAUGGAACCUAGUCUGACUACUUCAGCAAUGCUCACUACUGCUACUAACAGUACUGACUAUCAAAGUCAAUCACAAAUCAUUGUUAUAAUACUGGGAGGUCUCCUUGGACUCACAACAUUUACUGUUCUCGUACUAUCACUGGCAAUGAUUGCAAUACUGAGGAAGAAAGGUAAAACAAACUCUAUACCUCAAAUUCAAGAGGCUAAUGACAUUUCAGUCACUACAAAAGAGGAUCCAGUAUAUGAAAUGAUGAACGACAUACCAUCAAAUAUUACUAAUAACUACUAUGAAGCUGUUGCUAUCAGUACUACUGAUAACUCUAUGGUGUAUGAUGUCCCUGGAACAAAGCCUCAAGUUUCAUCUUACCCAUACAAAGUUGGACAUUUUUAAUGAUACUUAACUUAAUGCACACAUUUACAAUAUUUUAGAGCAUGCUAAAGUUAUACAUGUACAUCAUGUCAGUGUAAACAUUAAAACCAUGUUUUAUACUAGCACAUAUUGUU